GAUUGAGCUAAAACGAAACAAAAAACAUUGUCUAAAAUGUCUUCAUACAUGUGCAUACCAAUCCUACACUGUGAUCGACGUUCAAUAGAAACAGUACUUAUGAAGUGCAGUACAUACUGCCACAGUCGGUGACUCAAUCACACGACUUUGAAUUGAAUUAUUUCAAAUGUCACUGGAAGGCUCCAUAAAUCUCGACAACUCUGAUCUAGGUGCACAUCAGGUGAAGAGUCUGGAUGAAAGCAAAUAAGUGUUCACUUAAUUUUAAAUGCUGACAGUACGAUGUGGUUUUGUUUGUAUUUUGCUAACUGCUAAUGAAGAACAGUCAGAGAUUUAUGAAGCCUGCUAGAAUAUCAAUCGACAGGUCUGAGCUACCAAACUACAUUUCCCAUCAUCCUCUCGGGUAACGCCACAAGGAAAAAUACAACUGCACACUAGUAUACAAUUGAUUUGCCAUCAUUAUUAUUUAUUGCUCAGUGCAUCCAUUUGUUUUCAGAACGUACUUGACUCGUAUUAAUAUCGUAUUAAACCCCUCAUAUGACAUGACAGUAUACUAAACAUCCGUCCUAUGAAAUACUGUUUCAGGAGCACAGCGCACUACGGCUGUUAGUACGCAGGAGGAGUACGCGAGCUCUGGAGGGAGGGAGGGAAGGAGGGGGAGCGGGUCAUUGAGUUCAUUCGCCUCUCGUUCUCCACGGAGAUCCGCUUUCCCUCUCUCUCCUCCAGCUGGCAGGAGUAAGUGGCGGAUAGACGAUGGAGACGAAAUACAAGCGCGUUUAAAAUACGGUGCAACGACAAGAACAAAAAAGAAAAUGCGCGCGCCUCUGCGUCGCCUCGCGUGACCUUUCGUGAGGACAAAGAGAGUCCGUCGAUGAGCCGCUGCUGCCGUUGCCGUUUUCAGGUCAGUGAUAAUUCUGCGGCCGGUGCGCGGAGAGCGGCGAUGAAGCGCGGAUCGCUGUGAACGCCGAUGGCCGACAGUCAGCGGAGGGGGACGGACAGAGACGGAGGCAGGAUGACAUCAGGAUACCCGCAGCCGUACGCGAGCGGCAAAGCGUCGGACAUACAGGAGCUCGCGUCGAAACGCGUGGACAUCCAGAAGAAGCGCUUCUACCUGGACGUGAAGCAGAGCGCGCGGGGCCGCUUCCUGAAGAUCGCCGAGGUGUGGAUCGGCCGAGGCAGACACGACAACAUACGGAAAAGCAAGCUGACCCUGUCCAUGUCGAUGGCGCCGGACCUGCGCUACUGUCUGGGCGAUUUCAUCGACUAUUACGCGCACGUCGGACUCCGGGGAUGCGCGGCGGCGCCGCGGCCGGAGGAGCAGAGCAACGGGCGCAGGAGAGCCGCGGGUCACCCGGCGUCACCGACCGGCUCCGCCGCGUCAGAGGAGCAGACGCACCGCGUCCUCAAGAGCGAGUUAAUCGAGAGGGACAACAGGAAGUACUAUCUGGACCUGAAGGAGAACCAGCGCGGCCGGUUCCUGCGCAUCCGACAGACCGUCACGAGAGGACACGGCACUAUGGGAUACUACGGUCAGGGCAUCGAGCAGACCAUCGUGCUUCCCGCGCAGGGGCUCAUCGAGUUCAGAGACGCGCUGUCUCAGCUCAUCGACGACUACGGCGACGACGAGCCCGAGCGGGCCGCGCGCAACCACGACGAGUCGCCCGAGCUGCCCGAGGCGGCGUCGUUCCGCGUCGACAACAAGCGCUUUUACUUCGACGUGGGCUCGAACCGCUUUGGCGUGUUCCUCAAGAUCAGCGAGGUCCGCCAGCCCUACCGGAACACCAUCACCGUCCCUCUGAAGGCCUGGUCCCGCUUCGGCGAGAACUUCAUGAGGUACGAGGAGGAGAUGCGACACAUCUUCAGCUGUCACAAAGAGAAGAGGACAGACACGGACGAGCACGAGGAUUGACACGUCAUGACUUCACGCGUUUAACCGUGUACCUCGAACCGUACUCGAGCGAUACCGCAGCACCUUCACGUCCCUCCUGUCCGUCCGUCCAUCAUUCAUGUGUGUCCCACUGCUGGUUAAGCACUCCGCAGUCAUUAUUCUGUCUGUGUGAGUGAGUGAGUGAGUGAGUGAGUGAGUGUGCGCGCGCGUGCGUGUGAUCUGGUGAAUAUUAGGCUUGUUCUCUUUGAAUCCCGUAGUUUGACUGACAGGAUCAGAGGCUGUAACAUUCAGGGGUUUUGGUCUUGGUUAGAUUAGUCCUAUAGACUUAAAAACAUUAGAGCUGUCUAAACUGAAAACAGCUUCCACUGACACAAAUUGUUUUGUCUCAAAAUGCAAAAAAUGUCAUAGUCCUGAUUUAAUUGAAUCACCGACCGGGAACCCACCCCAUACAGUUACAUUAUAUAUGUGCAUUUGGAAUCAAAUAAUCGUUUAUUCUGAGUAGGCCUGUCUUUGUCACUAACAAGUGGAUUCAAAAAGCUAGUAGGUUGUCAAAGAUUUGGUCAUCUUUCUGGUCAAAAUUCCACAUACACUUGUAAAAAUAAAGAUGCUUUCUCUUUCUUACCUUUUCAUAAUCUGAAGAACCUUUUUUCAUCUUUUGUGAAACGGAAAGGUUCUUUAUGGACGCAUUUAGACAAAAAAAGGUUCUUCUGUGGCAUCGUGAAGCGCCUUCAUUUUUAAGAGUCUGCAGUGCACAAUAAUGGAUUAGAUUAGUAGUAUUUCUCAUACUUGAAGGUCCAAAGACGAUCUGAGAAGAUUUCUCAAGCAGGGUGCAGCUAAAAAUCAGCAAAGCUUACGGCGUGAUGUCUGAUGUAACCUCCAUCAAAAAAAAUAAAUGCACAAAAGUGCUUUCCCCAUCUGAAAUCAGAAACCACCAAAAAGUGCAUUAAUAUAUGAAACAUGGGGCGGUUUUCCGGACAGGGAUUAAGAUUAGUCCAAACUGAAAACAACUUGCACUGACACAUCUUAAAAUACAUCAGUGCCAUUGUGUUGUCUCCAAAUGCACAAAUGUAAUGUUUGUUUAUAAGGCAUGUUUAUAAAAACUACUUAAUUUAACUAAAGUCUAGUCCUGGAUUAAGAUAACCCCUGUCCGGGAAACCGCCCCAAAAUGAUUCUCUAAUUGGUUGUACCUGUAACAUUUACUGUAGUUCAUUUCAGCAUUGAACGCUGAAUCUCUCCGAUGGCCAUCAUGUGUGCAAUAUUUCCCCACAGGCUCAGCGGCUUUAUGUUGAGAACUGAGCAAAAGAAUAAAAAAUACUAUUUGUUUUUAAGGUUGUAAAAUGAUGUUCAUUUUAAGAUUUAAAAUGUAUACAACCAUGCACUUAAAUUGCAGAGAGAAAUACUAUACAAGUAUAAAAAACAAAUGACCCAUAAACCGCCGUGUUCUUUUUAAGCUCAAAUGUGUUCUAUUACAUACUACACGGUUAUGCAAGGAUAGAAUCUAGACAGUAUGUGGCAUACUUGAUUUCAGUACACUAGAGACGAUUGCCUUUCCCAGACCUUUCUUCUGGGGUUGUAGCAGUUGACAGGCAUGUUGUUUCUGGUGGAAGCACAGCACAGGUCUGGUGACGUGAAGCCUCGGUCAGAGCGUCUCCUGGUUCUUCUAUACUAGACGUGUUCACAUGUGCAAUUACUGUCCAGCUGACAAAAAAGCAAGUUUUUGAAAUACCUUUCUCUUCAAGCGUGUGUAUGCCUGCGUGUUUAUGUCUCAUAGCGGAAUCUAAGAUAUAUGGGAACGUUUUAUUGGUCGGCGUUAAGACGCUGACCCCUCCCACAGGAAGCACUUUAUUUCAACAGCACGUUUAGCUGCUACACCUGCUUCAGCGUUCAUCCGUGGCCCACGUGACAACCUCAUGACGUCCCUCAUCUGUUCACCGGUGCAGUAUCACGAAGAGUUUCUUCACACAACACAUGACCUAACACGACAAGGGCUGUUAGCUGCGUUCUCUCUUCCUCCUUGUUUUCCACCUUCUGUCCUGCAGUGCCCUUUGUUAUGGACCACCCAGCAGUGAACGUGAACCGUGUGCACUUUUCUUAAGAGUUGAAGGACAGGUUUGUUCGGUCAAACCAUGCUUGUUAUACAUGUAUGUGCAUGACCAGAAGAGAGCAGUGUUCAUAUAAUCUUCUUUUAUUCAUGGCUGCUUUGUAAAUGUCAUUUUAUUGAAAAUGUACACGAGCUGAAUUCUUUUCUUUUUUUUUGAAACUACAGGAAAAUAGACAUGACGUGUCAGUCUGUAACAAGGUUAUUUUCAGUUUCUGUUCAUUAAAAUCAAAUCGAAUAUUGACCUAAAAUUAUUGGAAAACGUAAACUAAAUGAAAAAUUGAAAUGUUGCCUCAAAAAUAAACUGAUAUAAGUUUAAAGCACUAAAAUGAUAAUAAUAAACCAAAACUAAAAUAAAAACCUAAUUCAUCUUAUAUAGCAACAUAACAAAUCACAAAUGAAUUAUAAAAUGACAAAAGCAUACAGCAAAAUUGCUAAAACUUUAACUAAAAUUAACAUGAAAUAAAAGCUCAUUUAAAAUGAAAACUAUAAUAACUCUGUUCUGUAAGGCUGACACUUGAAUUCGUGACUGAAGUCACAACGUUCAAAUAGGCCUUAACAUCGCCACUGGAAAGUUUGUUUGCUUUCAUCUCCCCCCCAAAAAAGAAUUCUUUGUGUUUUGAAAUACGAAUGAAACAAAAUCACAGAUCAUCGUGAUGUGUUAAACAAAAUCUCUUUGAAUUUGGGUAAACCGUGAGAUGACGGAUGCAUAGAGCUCAUUCUGUAUUCUACAUUUGUACUUGUGUGGGUAACGUGAUGCGUUUCAGAGAAAAGAGAUGGAUUAUUCCAGACAUUUUUAUCUUUGUGUUUAUGAGCUGCAGUUGGAGUGAAGAAAUGUCGGUGUUUGUUCAAUGAUUUCAAAAGAAGAAAACGAUGUUUUGGUGUAUUUUUCGCUAACGUAACGUACAACUUGAGUGUGUCCUCCUCCCGUAGACCCUUCAGAUAUAUAACACAACUGAAAAACAAGAAGUCUAGUAGCACUUUUCUUUCAUGUGAGUACUGUAUUGGUUUCUGUUGAACAUGUAUGGUACGGUAUAAAUAUCCCUUCUUUGCCUUGUAAUGUUUUUAAACGGUGGAAACACAUAGGAUACGUGUCCUAGGAAGUUUUAAAUAUGAGGUUCGUGCAUGCCGACAGUUGGGUCCUAACAAACUUCACUAUAUAUCGAGAAAAUGGUGCUAUAGAGAACUUCAAACGGUGCUGAACAGGACCCCAGCUGCAUGCAUGUCCAAUGAGAAUGGAAACGGCGAUGCGAGUUGUGUUUUUUGUGUAACUGUAAAUCAUGCAUACUGCUGCUGCUGCUGGUGGUUUGUGCGGUUGUGAGUUUCAGACAUGUUUGGAUAGUGACGGAUGGUGCAACCUCUGGAAACACGAAGUUAAAAACGUAUGAAUUGUGAUGUCGUGUCUGAGACUCAGACUGUCCCAUCAGGACUGUACACGGGUCUGUAUGGUGGAGAUCUUCACCAAAGUUCAUGAUGAAAUGUGAUGUGCAAUUUACAGUUACCCAAUAUUUGUGUGUAAACGUUCCACAGACAAUCUAAUAAAGUACAACUUUUUUAUGUU